AUGAACUGCAUUGUUGGUGAUCCUGUUCCAAUUCUUCAUAAAUACUAUCAAUCAGGAGAUGUCAUUGUUGCUGGUAUUUUGUCUCAGAUCUAUAUAUUUUCAAACACAAUACACUUUCAUGAAAAGCCUUCUAUUGACCUUUUCUAUGAUGCUGAGGCAGUGACUCAGCUCUACCAGCACGUCCUGUCUUUGGUAUUUGCUGUAAAGGAGAUCAACGAAAAUCCCCAGAUUUUGCCCAAUCUCACUCUUGGCUUCCAUAUCUAUAACAGCCAUUUUAUUGCAAGCUGGACAUAUCAUGCCUCAAUGGAACUCUUCUCCACACGAGGCAAGUUCAUCCCUAACUACAAAUGUGAUACAGAGAACAAUCCAGUGUCAGUCAUUGGCGGACCAAAUUCAGAAAUCUGUAUCCACAUGGCAGCUAUCCUGUCCGUUUACAAGAUCCCACAAUUUACUUAUGGCUCUGCUUCUGAGAUGAAUAGGAAAACUCAGGCUAUUUUCCAUCACCAGAUGUUUCCAGAUGUACACAGACAAUAUGAUGGGAUUCUGCAGUUACUGUUGCAUUUCCAGUGGACAUGGAUUGGGGUUUUAUACGACAAUGAUAACAAUGGAGAGAGAUUUGUUCAGGAUGCACUUCCUAUAUUUUCUCAGAAAGGGAUCUGCUUUGAUUAUAUUGAAAGUUUCCCUGUAAUUACUUCAGUUAGUGACAUUGAUAAGAUGGUGAAAGAGGGGUUAAAUAUGUAUGAGGUUGGAACUGAAAGCAUUGCUAAUGUAUCCAUUGUUUAUGGUGAAAUUGAGACCAUGAUAUUUCUCAGAAUGUUUCCCACCAUAUCAAAAUAUGAGGAUGUAUCCAUCAAGGCAAAAGGAAGGGUUUUCCUUAUGACAGCUCAGAUGGAUUUCACAUCAUUCCCCUUUCAAAAGAAUGAAGAUAUAGACUUCAUUCAUGGUGCCCUGUCCUUAGCAAUUCAUUCAAAGGAGGUACUGAGAUUUACUGAAUUUCUUCAUUUGACAAAUUUUACCUCCAAAAAAGAAGAUGGCUUCAUUCAGGUUUUCUGGGAAGAGGCCUUUGGAUGUUCCUUUUCCAGGUCCAUGAUAGAUAGGCAAGCAAGGGUUUCCUGCACUGGUGGGGAGAAACUGGAGAAUCUUCCAGCAUCUGUGUUUGAAAUGAGCAUGACCCCCCAUAGCUACAGCAUCUACAAUGCAGUUUAUUCUAUAGCAUAUGCUUUGAACAACCUGCUUUCAAUUAAAUUGAAAAAGACAGCAAGUGUCCAUGGAGCAACCCAAAGACUACUGGCUCAACACCUGUGGGAGCUCAACCAUGUUGUGAGAAGCAUCUCAUUUAACAACAGUGUUGGGGAAACAAUUUUCUUCAAUCAAAAUGGAGAAAUGGAAACUGGAUUUGAUAUUAUCAACUGGGUAAUAUUCCCAAACCUUUCCUUCCUUAGAGUCAAAGUUGGAGACAUACAACCCUCAUCUUUCACAGAAAAAAUGUUCACCAUUUCAGAGGAAACCAUAAUCUGGCCACACUGGUUUAACCAGACAAAGCCUCUUUCUCUUUGCAAUGACAAUUGUCAUCCAGGUUACAGGAAGGCCAAAAAGGAAGGGAAACCCUUUUGCUGCUAUGAUUGCCUUCCUUGUCCGGAUGGGAAGAUUUCUAAUCAGAAGGAUAUGGACAACUGCUUUCAAUGUCCACAAGUUCAUUAUUCAAAUGAGGAGCGAGAUUUCUGCAAUCCAAAAUAUCUAACGUUUUUGUCAUAUGAAGAAACUUUGGGGAUCACCUUCACCAGUUUUAUUCUUUCUUUUUCCCUGAUUACUAUUUUGCUGCUCUGGCUCUUCAUUGAACACAAUGAUACCCCUAUUGUGAAAGCCAACAACGAGACCCUCACCUACAUCCUUCUCAUCUCCCUCCUGCUCUCAUUUCUUUGCGCUUUGCUGUUCAUUGGCCGUCCUCAUCAAUGGACAUGCCUUCUUCGGCAAACUACCUUUGGCAUCAUCUUCUCCGUGGCAGUUUCUAGCCUUUUGGCAAAGACGAUCAUUGUGAUUCUAGCAUUCAUGGCUACCAAGCCAGGGUCCAGAAUUAGAAAAUGGAUGGGGAAGAGACUGGCUGUUUCUAUUGUUCUUUCUUGUGUCUUUAUUCAAACCAUUAUUUGUAUUGUAUGGCUAUCAACCUCUCCCCCAUUCUUAGAUGCUGAUAUGUAUUCCAUGCCAAAGGAAAUUGUACUGAUAUGUAAUGAAGGGUCAACCCUCAUGUACUACUGUGCCCUUGGCUUUAUCGGGACCUUAGCAAUUAUCAGUUUCACUGUUGCUUUUCUAGCCAGGAAAUUACCUGACACUUUCAAUGAAGCCAAGUUCAUCACAUUCAGCAUGCUGGUGUUUAGCAGUGUUUGGCUCACUUAUGUUCCAACAUACUUGAGCACAAAGGGGAAAUAUAUGGUGGCCGUGGAGAUCUUCUCUAUUUUGUGCUCCAGUGGUGGGCUACUGGCUUGUAUCUUCUUCCCCAAAUGUUAUAUUAUGAUAAUGAGACCUGAAUUGAACAGUAAGGAACAGCUAAGAAGGGGGAUAAUGGAAGAAUUUAAAAUUAGCCAUAAGUAA